AUGGCGACCCUCCUCCCUCCUCCAAAGCGACAAAAGGUAUACCACGGUGUACCAGAACCCCCAAAAGAAGAUGUCAAGCCGUCACGCAGUGUAGUCGUCCAGUUCGUGUCCGAAGACGACGAUAGCGCACCCCUCGCCCCAGCGGUGAACUUACCCUCAAAUCUCAACCGCGCAGCCCUUGAGAACCUCGUAAAUCAAUUGACGAGAAAAUCUGAUGACGACGAUCCUGUGCCGUUUGCUUUCCACAUCGAACUCCAAGGCCCCGAGCUGAAGCCAGGCGGACCGACGCGUCUGGCGAUCUCCAGGUCGAUAGAAGAAGACAUCUUACUGAACACCGCACACGCGUUCACCGAGGAGGACGUUUUCGUGGUGCACUGUUCCCCGCAAUCAGUGUUCAAAGUGCGACCAGCAACGAGAUGCUCAUCGACUCUUUCUGGACACACAUCCCCGAUUCUCUGUGCAUCCUUCUCUCCCACAGGCAACCUCCUCGCAACCGGUUCAGGCGAUACACACGCACGUUUAUGGGAUCUCCUCACCGAAACGCCGUCGCACACGCUUACCGGGCACAAGGGGUGGGUGCUCUGCGUCGAAUGGGAGGCCAUGGAACGAAAACUCGCGACGGGGGGACACGACGGCCACGUCCAUCUGUGGGAUCCAAAAACAGGCAAGCCAAUCGGAGAUGCGCUCAAGGGACACUCGAAGUGGGUGACCUCGCUCGCUUGGGAGCCGAUACAUCUGAAUGCCUCCGCGCCGCGACUGGCCUCGUCGUCGAAAGAUGGCACAGUGCGAGUGUGGAACACCGCAACCCGCCGCUUGGAAUAUACACUCGGUGGUCACACAGCGAGCGUAAACGUCGUUCGUUGGGGUGGAGGGGGCCUAGGUGGCAAAGGAAUACUGUACACCGCAUCGAGCGAUCGCACAGUUAGAGUGUGGGACGCUCCUCAGGGCAAACUACUAUAUACCCUGAAAGAUCAUGCACAUUGGGUAACGACGCUCACACUGAACACCGACUUCAUCCUCCGAACGGGACCGUUCGACCACAGGGGGAAGAAACCCGCCGAUGAUACUGAAGCCCAGUCCCUCGCCGAAGCCCGCUAUAACGCGCUCCUCAGUACGACACCAGAGCUUCUGAUCUCAGGCUCAGACGACCACACGCUCUUCCUGUGGUCGCUCUUCCCUUCAAAGUCGUCAGCACCCCCUCUAUCCGCGUCUCCGGAUGCGACCGUGGGCAAGCUGAAGCCGCUGUCACGCCUCACAGGGCACCAGAGGCAAAUCUCCCAUGUAGCGUUCAGCCCCGACGGGCGGUGGGCGGCGAGCGCGUCGUGGGACAACAGCGUGAGGAUAUGGGAUGGGAGGACCGGGGCGUACGUUGCUACGCUGCGCGGCCAUGUGGGCGCUGUUUAUCGACUCGCGUGGAGUGCCGAUUCGAGAAUGGUGGUCAGUGCCAGCAAGGACAGCACACUGAAGAUCUGGGAUCUGAAGACAUAUAAAAUCAAAACUGACCUGCCGGGGCACACUGACGAAGUUUAUUGCGUCGACUUUGUGGCCGACAAGGUGGUCAGCGGUGGACGGGACCGCACACUCAAAAUAUGGAAGAAUUAG